UAUUCAGCUUCCGGUUUGGCUGGUCCGUCAGAGAAAUCACUCCGUAAGCAAAGAAGAAGAGAUUAUGGCAACAAUGAUUGAAGAAAACGGUCCUUCGACUCAUGAGCAGUAUCAGGUGUCCCCUUCGUACCAGGCCCGACAGAAACUAGAGGGGCUCCUGAACAAGAACAUGAAGAUCCGGAUGACAGACGGCCGGACUCUGGUCGGGCUCUUCCUCUGCACGGACCGAGACUGCAACGUGAUCCUCGGAUCUGCUCAGGAGUUCCUCAAAUCCUCAGACACGUUCUCCCAAGGCGAGCCCCGGGUCCUGGGCCUGGCCAUGAUCCCCGGUCACCAUGUGGUCUCCAUCGAGGUGGAGGCAGACAGUUUGGAAGAUGUACCAGGAUUUGGAGCGAACCAUUGAUGAAACACUUUCCUGUUUGGAUGACGCUCAGUGUGACUGUCUCUCUGAGCCAGCAAAAGGAGAAUGGACUUCUUUUGUAUGAGGAUUUUAUCCCUUCACCUUUACUGAUGCAGAACUCCUGUGUCCAUACUCUGGAUUUGUGUGCGUGUGCGUAUGUGUGUGUGUGUACAGCAGCUACUUGGGUGUGUGUGUACAGCAGCUACUUGGGUGUGUGUGGUAAUCUUGUUUUUUUGUGAAUACUUAGCUGUAUUUGAGACUUUGUGUUCAAUUGUUUUCAACAAAAAUAGAUAGAAAGUUUGUUGGUCGCUACAUUUUUUUAAAAGAGGUUGGAGUUAGAAAGAAAUGAAGUAACAAGAAUUGUGGUUAUGCAAGCGCAAUAAUAAAAUAAGAAUGCUUGGAAUGAAAAAAACGAUAUGAAUCUGGAUCACUUUUUACCCGAAGGCGUCAGGAAAUAUGAUGUAAAAGGAGGGCAUGUUUUAACACAUUCAAUAAUAAUGCUGCAUUGAAAUGUAACUUAUUUCAGUGUUUAUUACAAAAUGCAGGGAAUUAGGAUUUGAAAUGUAAUAUAAGCAUUAUGCAGUAACCAACUGUAGGACUUAAGGUCAAAUAUCUGAGGACAAACAUCCAUCCUACAUCUUAAUGUCUUUCAUUUUUGUAAAGCACUUUGAAUUGCCUUGUGUUGAAAGGUGCUAUAUAAAUAAACUUGCCUUGCCUACAUCCCAAACACUAAUAAAGCUAGUAGCAGCAGG